AGCAUUUCAAUCCAUCUGUGCUUUCCUUUUUCAUUUACGGAGUAGAGCCGCUGAGCCCAACGAUCAGCAUGCCUAUAUGGCUAGAACCCUAAUACUCCUAACUACGAACUAUAUUCAAUCUAUUAUUAUACUUAACGCAUGAACAAGCAGUUAUUGUCGUCCAACUAACCGUACAAAGCUUGCAGUUGUUGAGCUGGAUUGUUUAUUCUUUAUUUAUUCAUUGCGUAUGUUUCAUCCUACCUGCACGAGAUUCCCCGUCUCUUCGCUUGAGAUCUCUUAUUCUGUGCCCCCAAGCGCGUUCCCCCUCGUCUCACGGCAGAGGUCCACUGCGGCAGCCUCACCUUAGUGGGAGGUGCGAAGAAGCUCGCUACUUAAGUUGAGUACAGGUAAUGCGGAGGGAAAGGAGGAAAGAGCGCCGGACUUCCUUGCUACAAAUAGUCUCUUAGACAUAGUGGGGCUAGGGGAUGAAUAUGAAUAUCGAACUUCUACAUCCUCGACGCAUGCCGAAGCCCGGCGACGAUGGCUAUCGUACCCCCACAAUUGAGGAUGCCGAGAAUUUUAUUGCAGUGCAAAGGAACGAUAACUCGCUAAUUCCGUCCGCUGGGGCCUGGGCACGUCAGGCUCAUUCCUCGGCGCUGGAAGCAUUGCAUAGCAACUCGUGCCGCAAGCCUGAAGGAGAUGCUGUCGCGGAUGUAAAUGGCGUGCAUCCUCACAACGAGUCCGAUUAUCCGGCUGUAAGUCUCAAUUGGAAACAACGGAUACGUCACUUUACCUGGGCAUAUUUCACAUUGACAAUGGCAACUGGCGGGAUUGCCAAUGUUCUGCAUGCCAUACCCUAUAGAUUCCGAGGUCUAGAGAUAAUCGGUGUCAUUUUCUUCCUGUCCAAUGUCAUAUUAUAUGUCAUCAUAUGGAGCUUGUUGGUUAUGCGGUUUUAUCAUUAUCCCUAUACGUUCAAAGCAUCAUUUUUGCAUCCAACAGAGUCCCUUUUUGUCCCAGCCUCGGUAGUUUCGUUCGGAACAAUUCUGAUAAAUAUUUCACAAUACGGGCCAGACAAUACAGGGCCUUGGCUUGCACAUGUUGUCGGGAUAUUAUUCUGGAUUGAUGCCUGCCUGGCCAUCAUAUUCUCGGCCGGCAUAUACCUCCUGCUGUGGUCAACACAGACUUUCACCAUCGCCCAAAUGACUCCGAUCUGGAUAUUUCCCGCAUACCCUUUGCUGAUAAUCGGUCCCCAUGCUGGUAUCUUGAGCUCAAAGCUAGAGCCUUCCCGCUCAUUGCCGAUUAUAAUUGGUGGCAUAACUAUUCAGGGGGUUGGUUUUCUAGUGUCCCUGAUGGUGUAUUCUGCCUUCAUAUAUAGACUGAUGUCGCAAAAGCUCCCAAGGGAGAACGUCCGACCCGGCAUGUUUGUUUCUAUCGGCCCUAGCGCUUUCACAGUUGCUGGGAUCGUGAAUAUGGCUGCCAAUGCUAAAAGGUGUUUUCCUGAUGAUUUCAUGAGCAAUGGGCCAUUGGCCGCAGAGGUUAUAAGAGUAGUUGUCAACUUUGCUGCCUUGUGGCUAUGGGGCUUGGCUAUAUUUUUCUUCUUCAUAGCGAGUUUUGCUCAUUGGUCAGCUAUAGGGCCUGGUCGGAUGAUCUUUAGUAUGGGAUGGUUCUCAUUUGUUUUUCCAAACACAGCGCUGAUCACAGCGACAUUCGCCAUCGGCCACGCGUUUUCCUGCAAGCCAAUUCUGAUUAUUGGAUGUGUUAUGGUCAUCCCUCUCAUACUAAUGUACAUAUUCGUUUGCUAUAUGAUGAUCCGUGCUAUCGCGUUACGCCAAAUUCUCUGGCCACAGAAAGGCGAGGAUAAAGAUGAGGGUGGAUUUGAGAUCAACGAAAUCAAGCCGGAAUCUCCAGGUGAUCAUAGUCCUGCUUGAGGUUGCAUGCUUUUGCCCACGGAUAUAAGCAUGGUAUAUAGGUUUAUGAUUCAGCUACAAUAUCACCUAAGGGCAAAUCGUUUCUUCAUCA